CGGUUUGUUUUUUUUUUCCCCCCCCCCCCCUUUCCUUCUGCGACGACGCAUUGCUUUUUCCUCAAGCGGGGACUGGAACAAAUUCCCGGAGGAUUCCAUUCGUGCGCGGGCGGGCGUGAUCGCGGGCUUCCAUUACGGGCGCGGAAUCGGCUGCUGGUCGAUCGAGGAGCUCCUUCGAUUCGGGGAUCGGCUUCUCCGCGGGGAUUCGGUUCCCAUCUGCUGCUACAAAGGGUGUGCGGGGCGGGCCUCUGGGGUCGUUGCGACUGGAGGAGGCGGGGAGCCAUGGGGGCGGGGGUCUCGAGCUUUUUCUUCGGCGCGGCGGCGGAGGCUGCGCCGGGUGCUGCGGGCCUGGGCGACCUGCCGGAGCUCUGCGCCGCGCAGGUGCUGCUGCGGCUCGACGCGCCGGAGAUCUGCCGCCUCGCGCGCCUCAACCACGCCUUCCGCGGCGCCGCGGGGGCCGACUUCGUGUGGGAGGCCAAGCUGCCGGAGAACUACCGCCACCUCAUCGGGUACGUCGAGGGCGGGGGCGAGGAGGGCAGGCGCCGGCGCCGCCGGGCCGGGACCAAGGAGAUCUACGCCAGGCUCUCCAGGCCCGUCUCUUUCGACGACGGCACCAAGGAAUUUUGGCUAGAGAAGAGCAAAGGUAGGGUUUGUAUGGCGCUAUCCUCCAAAGCUCUGGUCAUAACUGGCAUCGAUGACAGGAGAUAUUGGACGCACAUGCCGACUACUGAAUCAAGGUUCCAGUCCGUGGCAUACCUUCAGCAAAUCUGGUGGUUUGAAGUGGUUGGGGAGCUCGAUUUCUGCUUCCCCGUGGGAACCUACAGUUUAUACUUCAGGGUUCAUCUUGGGAAGUUCAGCAAGCGGUUUGGACGCCGUGUUUGCAGCACCGAGAACGUCCACGGCUGGAACAAGAAGCCGGUGCGCUUCCAGCUCUCCACCUCGGACGGCCAGAAUGCAUUAUCUCAAUGCUACCUGGAUGAGCCCGGGAGCUGGGUUCUGUACCAUGCAGGCGAUUUUGUUUCCACGAAUCCUGGCCAGGCACUGAAGCUGAAGUUCUCGAUGGCGCAGAUCGACUGCACGCACACGAAAGGCGGCCUGUGCGUCGACUCGGUGCUUGUGUAUCCCAAGGGCUUUCAGCAAGAGAAGGUGGUGACCGGCAAGAUCUCGGAGAUGCGAUCGUCGUCGUAGUUGUAGUGGUGGUGCUUGCACUGCUAGAGUUGUAGAGGAACGCAGCUUGCAGCCCAAUCCUAUUAUCAAGUUGGGCUCUGGUAUGCAACGGAUGAAACGUCUGUGUAAAGAACUGUAGUCUCAGGGUCUGUGUGGUCAGCUACGUCCGAGAGUGGUUUGUGUGUCGUCCAGUCUUCCCAUGGGUAAUUUUUUUUCUCUCCCUGGUGCUAAAUGAGACUUUGAUGCUGCGGAUGAAACCGGUUGUGCUGAAAUGAGAUCAGAGGUUUUGUUUCCA